UUUUUUCCUUUGGUUCCGUUGCUGCGUUUGUGUACUAAUUGUAGCUCAAAGAAUGUGUCACAAUUUUAUGUCGAAUGGCGAGAAAUACAGCUUUCAAUAACUUCAGCCUAUUAGCAAAUGCACAAAAAAUAAUACGAAUAAUGUGAUGGUUCCGAUUCCGCUCAUGCUAGAUUAAAAUCCAUUACGACGACAUAGAGUGGUAUUAAAGAAUAAAAGAUAGAAAUUAGAAAACACUUUUACUGAUAUUUGCAAAACUAAUUUAAAUGCAAUUCAAAAUGCCGCUUUCUAGAGGAAAAAAAACACCGCAAAUCAAAUAGUGUAUGCAAAAGACAUUGAGCGCGUAGCUAUACAAUCUGUUCUUGCAGCAUCGUUAGCAGCAGCGAACACGAUAAAAUGAAGCAACAAAAUCUCCCCGGUCAGCACCCGAACCAGCCGGCAAGCAACUCGUUGUAUGCAACAGAGCGUUUGCGUGUGCAGUGUGUCUCUCGUCGCCACCUAAAACAUGCGCACGGGCCGACCGGAUUCGGAUCCGGAGUGUGUGUGUGUGUACGGCGUGGCGACCGCCUGCCUUAUCGCUGGUCGGUCUGAUUAUUCUUGGCCGGUCUGUUUGUCGAACCAGUUCGGGAGUUCCUGACACCUAUACGCGGUGGAAUCAUUUUCUUGCCGUACAUGAACACAUAAAUAGCAUCCGUGGCAAAUCAAAUCAUCAUCCGAACCUAAUGAAGCAGAAUGGUGGACGUUCUGAUUGAUUGUUUAUGAGGUUUAUUUUACAUCCGACGAUGAUAAAACGACGUGGUGAAUUGAAUUCUAGCGAUUAAGCCAGUGUUGAAAGCAGGCUCAUCAAUGUGCACUCACCAUUCAGUGCACUAGAUCCAUCGGAAGAUAGCACAGCGAUCACAGGGAAGAAAGCACCAUGAUAUCCUACAGCUACUACGACCAGCUGAGCCAGAAUUUACGUGCCCCUGGACAAUGGGCUAUCAGUUCCAACCGUACCGUGCAGCGGCUUCUGUCGCAGCGCAAACCACCGAUCAGCCCAACUCAACCGGCGGCGGACAAAGAUGCGGAAGGAUACAUAAAUCUGACGUUCGGCGUGGACACGAACUUGAGCGUCGCGUUCAACGUGAGCUUAAACGUAACGGUGGGUGAGGUAGAACCGGGCAGCACCGGGCUCGUCGAUGAUGGUACGAACGGGACGUUACCGUUCGCGAUGCGGGAAACGCUGUGGAUCGUCAUACCGAUAAGCGUCAUCUAUUCCACCAUCUUCGUAAUCGGUGUGCUUGGUAACGUCAUCACCUGCAUUGUUAUAUCGCGCAAUAGGUCCAUGCAUACCGCCACCAAUUAUUACCUUUUCAGCUUAGCCAUUUCGGAUCUAUUGCUGCUGAUAACAGGCGUACCGCAGGAUAUCUACAGCGUAUGGUACAGAUUUCCCUAUCCCUUCGGGAACACGGUCUGUAAGAUGGCAAGCUUCGCGUCGGAAUCGUUCGCCAACGCGACGGUGCUUACAAUAACGGCCUUCACCGUAGAAAGGUACGUCGCCAUUUGUAAACCCUUUCUGUCACACACGAUGUCCAAAUUGUCGCGUGCCGUCCGGUUUGUGAUAACUAUUUGGUUGAUCGCUUUCGGUCUAGCCAUACCGCAGGCUCUUUCGAUGCAAAUUGACACAGAGUUUCGUACGUGUACGGUGCGUCAGGAGCAAACAAAGCAUGUGUUCUUCAUCUCCACCGUGCUGGUGUUUGUGUGUCCUAUGAGCGUGAUAACAGUACUGUACAUUCUCAUCUGGUUGCAGUUACGUCGGUCUAAGUUUGUCCGUUGUGGGUCGAUUCGAAGCUCGAGUGUGCGGCUCAAGCGCAGUAUCAUCAAGCGAAGUUCCCAACGUACGGUCGUCACCCUGCAGUGCGAUCAAAACGAUUCACCAUUGCAUCACUACAGUGAGAGUGUGCUCUCGAGCUCUCUGCAGCACCCGAGACUCUCCGAAACUCUCCCACUACCAACGUCACCCUUUGUGCACUACGCCAAAAGUUGCCCAGCUAGCCCGGUGCGCCGGCAUCGCCGAUCGGACGAAAUGGCCCGGGAGUCGGCACUGUCCCUCGUCAGACCUUCGCAGCCACUGCUGCACCAGCAUCACAGACGCAUGCAAAGUUUGGUGCAGUCACGAUAUUGUGCAACCGGUGGCAGCUCUUCGGUAGCGGCGCUUCGUAGCGGUAGCAGUACGUCAAGUGUUGCGGGUGGUCACCCUGUGCUGGAACAGCAGCUCUCCGGCGCCUCGGAGGAUGGGCGAAUAAAUUAUUCGACACGGGCGCAGUACAACAGCACGCGACAUGUGGUGAAAAUGUUGGUGGCAGUCGUCAUAGCGUUUUUCCUCUGCUGGGCACCAUUCCACGCGCAGCGGCUUAUGGCAGUGUACGCAAACGACCACAACGAGAACGCUAACAUACGGACCGCGUUCGAAAUACUAACGUACGUAUCCGGCAUUUUCUACUACAUCUCGACCUGCAUCAAUCCGGUACUGUACAACAUCAUGAGUCACAAGUUUCGCGAAGCAUUCAAAGAAUGUAUCAAAUACAUGUAAAUUCAAAUAAGCUCCCACUCGUUACGGGUCGGGAGUGUGGUUUGGCUCGGCCAGUUCACCGGACCGGACCGAGACCGAGGCGAAGAAGUCUCGACCGAACAGCCUGCCAGUGUCCAUCAGUGUGCGUCUUCAUCAGUGUGCCAGCAAUUCCAGAAUCCAGGAUACGGGGACCCCGAAAAUGGGAUAUCGAUCCGACAAGCCCCAUGCGGUGGAACAACCGAUCGUUGGAUCAGUAGGUGUUACCUGUAGCCAAAGCCACAGCACUAGAAGCAGAAGCACCAGCAGACGUAUCGACUAGCGAUGGACGGUUAGAUGGACCCCUUCGAACGUACUAGGCCCCAACCGCAAACGUAACGGGUAGACAUUUCCGUGUGGAUGUGGCGAUAACGAGCGUUGGGCCGUAUUCGGACAGCACACGAUUUAUGCUUCACCGGGCGGAAAGCAGUUGAAACCGUUUGGCCAAACGUGGACAUAAUCGGUCGACAUCAGCAAGGUAUUCAAUUCCGGUUCUCGGGGUGGGCUGGAGAACGGUUCCCACGACAGGACGUCUGCUUCCUUCGCGGCUAUAAUACACAUCCUGUUGGCAGCAAGCCGGUUUUGACCUUUCCUUCCAUAUGUGGCGUUAAAAGAGAACGCUUGACGCCGACACUUGCAGCUAGUGUUUAGGUGGGGGCUUCCUUCAAAGUCUUCGGCAAGGAUACGGCUUCGCUUCAGUGAAAAAUGCUUAACGGUGAAAGCUUGCAAGGUGAAGCUUGUGAGCUUUUCUUUCCUUGAACACUGGACACACAUGGAGAAGGUCCGAAGCUUUCAAAAGCUUUCAAUGGCAGCAAAGCUUUGACGGUGCGAAUAGAUAACUGCAAUGAGAAAAUAAGCUUUAGAAAAUAAGCUGUAUCUUAUACAUCGAAAAUAUAUAAAGCACAUUCAUUAAGGCAGAUGCUUUAGGUGACAUUAAAUAAAAAGCUUUGUGCACAAAAUAAAAGGAUAUAAUUGAAUGGUUGAUGCUUUAAGCCUAAAUCGAUGUAUUUAUAAAUGUUUUAACAUCCUUUUUUCUUUCUUAAACUUAUCUUAACGUAACUAAAAUAUAAAUGUAAUUCGAACUAAAACAAAAGUAAAAUUUAAACAAAUUUAAAAGAAACAAAAACACAUUAAAAUGUUAAAAUUUUUGUACAACGUUCCAUAAUUGAUUUACACAUCUGAAGUAUUUUAGCACAAACCGUCGACAGUAGAGCAAGAUAUGGUUGUUGUACUAUUAAAAAAAAACAAACACACAGAAUGUUGUUUCUAGUUAUGUUGCGAUGUAUAACGUAUGUGUAUGAAAGAUGGAAGAAAUAAAAUGGAGAAAUUUAUAAAUGUGUGCAACGGUAGCGCGAACUAGUUAAAUGUCCAGUCGUUAAAUGUUGAAAGUGGAAUCGUAAAGUUUAUACAAACAAAAUUUAAAUGUUAUGUAGUUUUA